GAAGAAUUAUUCUAGUUUUGAAGGCUAUUAAACAUCAAUCCUUAUCGUUAAUAGCGCUUCCAAUGUAGCCUUAAUGGACUUAGCUGGCCCGAAACAGCAAACAUCGAAGACGUUUUGAUGGUGUAUGCUUCUGUUGUUCUGCGUUCUUAUGCUAUAAAAAAACUACAAGAAACUACCCCGCGAUGGCUCGAUCAAUUUCUACUUCAGCGAACGAUUUCCCACCUAGGUUUGUGCCCCUGAUUUACUGGGUUUGCUUUCUGAAGAUAACAGUUUCUGCCAUGGGCAAUGAAGAUUUUGCGCUUGAUUCCAUGGUCUAUGACUCUAAUUUAAGGCUCAUACCAAACCAAAAGGAUGGAGAAGAGGAAAUUUACACAAGGGAUGCCUUUACUAUUCUUCUGCUAUCAAAUCCAAGUUGAAGAAUCCCACUGGCGUCAGCAAUCUCAUUCGUUUCGGCGGAGCGGGUUUUGAAGCAAGCAUCCAUCUCCAUUUGGAUCAUUGAUGUGCAAGCAGAGGGUAUUCUCAUUCAGAGGAAUGCAGGUGGCCCCUUUCUCAUGCACACCAACUGUUCCGCAUGUGGCCCGUGUGAGUUAUAGUUGGUUUUAUUACUAGGAAUACAUACUGGGAAUUAGU